AAAAUAAUAUAUCAUUAUGGCUCACGCUAACGUUUGGAAUUCUCAUCCCAAGAGCUACGGUAAAGGCUCUCGCCAAUGUCGUGUCUGUGCUCACCGUGCUGGUUUGAUCCGCAAGUAUAAUUUGAACAUGUGCCGUCAAUGUUUCCGUGAAUAUGCCAAUGAUAUUGGCUUCCACAAGUACCGUUAAAGAUACAUCUUGCACGAAAUCACA